AUGUAAUUAAGGAUUAAGAUAAUGUUGAUGAUAGUGUUUUUAUCACUUUACUAUUUUCUCUUUAGUCUAGUUUUAUUAUUAGGUUAAUAUUUUGAUGAAGAACUUAGAAUAGAGAGUGAAAAGCUAUCGUAAGGAAUUUAUAAUGAAACAUCUUUGGUAAAAAGUCAAUAAUUUAAGAUUAGAGUAAAAUAAGAUUUGCUCGCUUUUAUUAUGGGAGAUCGAAUAGGCCGAAUAUAAAUUCAUUUUAUGCUAUUUCACAUAUAAUAAAUUACUUAGAAGAUUAUUAAUAAUUAGAUGAUGAGAGUUUAAAUGAAAUAGAUUGGAAUUUUAAAGAUGUAACUAGUUUGAAAGCAUUAUAACAAAAUUAUCCAGAUUAAUAUAAACUAUUAAAAUAUUAUUCUCCUUUAUCGAAAUUGAUUGGAAUUUAUGCAAAAAAUAAAGUAUUUGAUCAUUUUCAUUUUUUAUGUUAAAAUGGUUUAGGAUUUUCAUUUUAUAGUAGUGGUGUAGAUACUACUAAAGAGAAUUGGUCUAAAGAUUCAAUAUAAUAUUGUAAGGCAUAUAAUGAUUGUUCUGACUUUAUAAAUUAAUUGUCAUCACAAAUUGCAUAUCCUAAAUUAGACAUAAAUUAUGAAGUUUGGAGAAUGAGAGCUGGAAAGAUAGGUAUUGAAUGUGAGUUACAUGUUGAGAAGAAAAGUCAACUUGCUAUAAUAAAUACAAGUAGUCCAAUAAUUUAUUCAUUUCUUACAAAUGGGAACAUUAAUACAAUUUCUCAUGGAGAACUUGUUGAUAGUACUCUUGAGGAAGCAUUCUAACUUUGGCCUAAUCAAACAAACGAUUUUAUAAAUGAAAUAUAUACAUUAGUUACAGUUCCUAUUGAAUAGAGAUAAUGGAGAAUGUUAUAUAAUGGAAAAGGAGAGGAACGAAUUGUCUUUUUUUCAUCAUAUCAUUUUCUUAAUCCUAACUAUCCUAAUAUUACUUUAACAAAAGAAUUAAUAACUAAUUGUUCUAUGAUUUAUCUUUAAUCUAUGUCAUUAUCUUAUUAUCUAUAAUUGGCAGGUUAAAAUGUAGAAGCAACUACUGUCUUAAUUAAUGAGAUUAUUAUUGCUUGUGCUCUACAUAUGGUUCUUAUUUUAUAUUUCUGGAGGAAAGGUGUUGUUAUUGCACUUUCACUAGAAGCACCUAUUAAUGAAUUGAUUAAUCUUUUAAGAGUAGAUAUGAAAUAUCUUGAAGUCUAAGAUUUUAAUUUAGAAGGUUAUCAGCAUUUCUUUAAUAAUAAAGAAAUCACUAAAUCUUAUGAAGUCAUUAUCAAUUAUUUAAAUAGCAUUAAAUAUUAAAAUAAUAAAUUAUUGUAAGGAUCUAAAGAUAUGGAUGAAGCUGAAGCUUUAAUUAUUUUAAGUAUGUCCAAAAGAUUCUAUAAAAAAUAAAAUAAUAAUGCUGCUGUUGGAAUUUGUGCAAAUAAUAUUGCUAAAAUUCAUAUGAGAAAUUAACGAUAUCUUGAGGCUAUGAAUGAGUAAGAGGAAUCUGUUCUCAUUGCUAAUUAAGAUUUACAAAGUCUAAAAGAAAUGGAAUAAUAUGCAAACUAAGCAGCAUAACUCUAAGAUGACUAAUAAAUUGUUAAAUUGUAUCUUAGAUUAAAAAAUAAUGUUUUAUAGAAAUUCUAAAGACAAGAAGAGAAAUAAAUGAAAGAUGUGAUAAAAAAUUUGGAAAGCAAAACAAAAGUAAUAUAAAAUUCUCAAAAUUGUAUUGUUAGAAGACCAACUACUUAAAAAAUGAAAAAUUAAAAUGAAAUUGCUUAAUUAAAAAGUUCAAUUGAAUCUGAAGUACAUCUAUAACGCUAAUCAACACCUAGAUAAACUACUACUAAUUGGUUAAGAAAUCCUUAAUAAGAAGAAAAAAAUCCCAUAAGAGAAGAAAAUUCUGAUUUAUAAAGUGAGAGAAUAGACAAUUUAGGAACUCCAAAAAAAUCUAGUCCUAACUCUAAAGUCUAAAAUUAUGAAGGCAACUCGAAAUAAUAAGUAAUAAUUGAACAUAAAAUUGCUUUUCGAAAAUAUUAAUUAGCAUGUAUACUAUAUAAUUAUAGUAUGACAAAAUCCUAAUCAACUUUUUUAAAUGAAAGUGUUAAAUAAUUCAACGAUAUUAUGGAGGAUUUAUAGAUUCUUCCUGAUUCAUUUUCUACCUAAUAUAUGAAAAUAAAUAUUUUAACAAAAAAAGCUUUUUGUUUUGCCAGGGCUGGAAUUUUCGAUAAAGCAAAACAUGAAUUCGAAGAAGCAGAAGCAAAAUUUAAAAUUUUAGAAGCAAAUAAAACUGAAAUAAAAUAACUUGAUAUUUCUGAUUUUGUAGAUAUUUUUCGAGAAAUUCCAUUAGAGAUUGUAAGAGAAAAAUUAACAGGCUUAGAAGUAAUAAAUUUAUAUAAAUAUAGGCAUCAUUAUUAAUGAUUUAAGGAAAAUAUGUUGAAGCUUGUUAUAAAUUUAUAUCUAUUUUACAAGCAGAGGGACAUUAUGAUCCAGGAUUUUAGAAAUUUGUUUUAAAAACAUUAACAAAAAUAUUUAAAAAAUGCAAAGUAGAUCAUAAUUGUUUAAUAAAAUUUUCUUAAUAAAAUUAAUUGAAAAGACUUGAAUUGAUAUUUCUACUUGAUUAUUCUUCAGAAAUGACAAAUGAAUAAUUUACAUUAUCUCAUCAUAUGUGUCAUAAUGUUGUAUAAUCAUUAAAUGAUGAUUCUUUUGUUGGAUUAUAUGCUUUCAAUGAAUCUUUACAUGAGAUUUUCCCUUUAUAAUUGAAAGGAACCUACAAAAAGCUUUUAGAAUCGACAAUAGAAAAAGUAUUAAUUAAACCUGGAGGUUAAGGUAAUAUAUUUUCAGCUCUAGAAAUUACAAUUGCAUCUUUAUUCGAAAAGGAUAAACCUGAAUAAAGCAAAUAAUUAUCAUUACAUUUAAAGUCUAAUUAAAUUAAAUAGCAAAUAGAAUAAGAAGAGUUUAGAUGCUCUGAUCUUGAGUUUAGAUGUAAAACUAGUUCUCCAAAAGUAGGAAUAGCAUUUUCUGGUGGAUUUACUUAAGUUAUUAAACAAUAUGAAGAACAAUAAUUUGAUAAUGUCAGUAUUGAUUAAAAUAUGGUAUAUCAUCAUUAUAUUCUUUAUAGAAUUAUAAAAUUGAUAUCGAAAAUAUUGAAGAAGAAAAAGAUGAACAUACCGUUAGAUAUGUUUGUAUCUUUAGUGAAGGAGUACAUAAUUAUAAUUAAAUGUCUAUCGAUAGAUUAAAAAGCUUAAUAGAAAAAAAAAAUAUCCAUUUAUUAGUUUUUAAUAUAGCAAAUUAAAAUAUGAACAUGCUUUAUCUCAAAUAAUUAUCUUAAGUCUCUUCAGAAAGUAAAUUUUUUACUAAUGAAACAGAAAUUAAAGAUUUUUUUUCAAAACUUAGAACUAAUGAUUUUACAAAAAGAGUUUAUUUAGAAUUCUUCUGA